AAGGUGGUACCAAUAAAAAAAAAUUUGAAUUAAGAAAUUAUGGAUCAUGGUGACAUGUUAUGGCUGUGGAGAUUAGUUCUUGGCCUUGCUCUCUUUCUCCAUCCUCCCACUGCUGCGUCUGAGAAAGCUCCAAACUACUCAUUCAUGCACGAUGCGACCAGGGCACCAACCACGUCUUACUACGACUACAUCAUAAUCGGCGGCGGAACCGCAGGUUGCCCCUUGGCCGCAACGCUAUCACGAAACGCUAGCGUUUUGCUGUUGGAGCGCGGUGGCUCGCCCUACCACAACCCUAACAUCACCCGACUCACUGCGUUUGGAGCCGCACUCUCCGACCUGUCCCCAAAAUCGCCGUCGCAGCGUUUCGUAUCAGAAGACGGCGUUAUAAACGCUCGUGCCCGCGUUCUCGGCGGCGGUAGCGCCCUUAACGCCGGUUUCUACACACGCGCCAGUUUGCAAUACGUCAGGGCAAUGGGGUGGGACGAGAGGCUGGUGAACGAGUCGUACCGGUGGGUGGAGAAGAAAGUGGCGUUCGAACCGCCGAUGGGGCGGUGGCAAACCGCCGUCAGGGACGGUUUGUUGGAGACCGGCGUUUUGCCUAACAACGGCUUCACCUUUGAUCACAUCAACGGUACCAAAUUCGGCGGCACCAUCUUCGACCGGUCCGGCCGCCGCCACACCGCCGCUGACCUUCUAGAAUACGCCGAUCCCGAGGGUAUUUCUGUCUUUUUACACGCCACCGUCCACCGUAUCUUGUUCCAAACCAGAGGCAAAACCAAACCGGUCGCUCAAGGAGUGAUAUUCAGAGACCGAACCGGAAAAGCCCAUUGGGCCUACUUAAAAGCCGGCCCACAAAAUGAGAUAGUGGUUUCGGCGGGAACCCUAGGGAGCCCACAGCUGCUGAUGCUGAGUGGAUUGGGCCCAUCAGCCCAUCUCAAGGCCCAUAACAUCAUGGUGGUUUCCGAUAUGCCGGCAGUUGGUCAGGGAAUGUCCGACAACCCCAUGAACGCCGUUUUCGUUCCAUCUCCUGUUCCGAUCGACGUUUCCCUCAUCGAAGUUGUCGGGAUCACAGGUUCCGGGGCAUAUAUCGAGGCGGCCGGCGGCGAGAAUUUUGGCGCCGGUGGGUCCACAAGGGACUACGGAAUGUUCUCUCCAAAGAUUGGUCAAUUAUCGACCGUACCACCGAAACGAAGGACACCAAAAGCAAUAGCAAAGGCAAUAGACUCGAUGAGCAAAUUAUCAUCACAGGCAUUUCAAGGAGGAUUUAUAUUGGAGAAAGUAAUGGGCCCACUAUCCACUGGCCAUUUGGAGCUCCGGACCCGAAAUCCGAAUGAUAACCCAACUGUCACCUUCAAUUACUUCCGUGACCCGCUCGACCUAAAACGCUGCGUUUUAGGCAUCCAAGCCAUCGCCAAAGUCAUCCAAUCGAAGGCCUUCACGGAGUUCAAGUUCACCGACAUGUCGUUUGAAUAUCUCCUCAACCACACCGCGAGUGCCCCGGUCAAUGUGUUGCCACGUCAUCACGAUUCUGCCACGUUGGAGCGGUUUUGUCGGGACACUGUCAUGACCAUCUGGCAUUACCACGGUGGAUGCCACGUGGGCAGGGUCGUUGACCGUGAUUACAGGGUUUUCGGCGUUGACCGGCUUAGGGUUAUUGAUAUGUCAACUGUGAGUUAUUGUCCCGGGACGAAUCCUCAGGCCACGGUUAUGAUGCUUGGAAGGUACAUGGGUGUGAAGAUUUUGAGGGGGAGACUUGCCAAGGAAGAGAUAAAUUUAUAAUUGGAUUUAGGGUUUUGUGAAAAAAGAAUGGUGUGGUUUUAUAGUUGGUGAAAAAAAAUCGAAAUAAAAUGUAUGAUGCUCAUUACUAAAUUUUUUUUUUGUUAACGUCAUUAUUAAAAUGUUGUAUCAG